AUGUUAGCCAUUACAACUAAAAUCGUUGAAAAAUACAAUCUUAGCUCUAAGAUAGGUAUAUCCGAUCUCAGUCAAUAUAUCUCAGAAUUUCUUGAAAACCUUACUGAUGAUAAGAAGCAGAAUCAGGCUCGCAGACGCCUUCGAGAUGGUUUUAAAUUUAGCAGUGAACAGGUAGAUGUAUUGAUACCUAAUCAGAGAAGUGGAAAAAAUAAAACUAUAAAUUUGGUUGAAGGUAAUUGUAGAAUAGCAAUAACCAAGCCCCCAAAAAGUUUAGAAGAAGAGAUCGUCAGAGAGAAAGCAAAACAAAUCUUGCAAAAUAGAUAUGGGUUUAGUGAAGAUCAAGUAAAUGCCUUAUUCACAAUCCUGAAAAACGAAAGUAGACACAGUGUAACUACCUCAGAUAAAAAUCACUAG